GAGGGCUGAGCUGAGAGCUGAAUGAGUUUCUGCGGCCGCUGUGUGUCUGCCUUUCACGCCGCGGAACUGCGUCGCUGUGCGGGGAUCUGGAGGAUCUGUCGGGCGGGGGGAGACUCACGCAAUCGCAUCGCCUGGACCCACGCUGCAGCAGGACCAUGCUCACGCGGGUGAAAUCGGCGGUGGCCAGUUUUAUGGGAGGUAUGAUGGCUGGUGGUUCCAACGGAGACCAUCCCGGCGGAUCGGAUCUUCCGCUGAAAUUCCCGUACAGCAGACCGGAGUUUCUGGGACUCUCGCCGGACGAGAUAGAGUGCUCGGCGGAUCACAUUGCGAGACCGAUCCUCAUACUGAAGGAGACCAAGCGGCUGCCGUGGUCCACCGGCUACGCAGAGGUGAUCAAUGCAGGAAAGAGCACAUUAAAUGAGGACCAGGCCUGCUGUGAAGUGCUGGUGGUCAAAAGGAGACCAGCAGGAAACUGCACACCCAACCGGACCCCCUUGACCCGCAGGAGGUCUUCCCUGCCUAACGGAGAGGGCCUGGGCCUCCGGGAGAACUUGGACAGUGCUGAAGACCUAACCUUCCACUACUGGGCUUUGUUUGAUGGCCACGCUGGCUCUGGAGCGGCUGUAGUGGCCUCCCGCCUUCUCCAUCACCACAUCGCCCUGCACCUUCAGGAGGUAAUGGAGAUCCUCUGCACUCCGAACCUGCAGCCCCCAACAUGCCUGGGUGAGGAACCUAUCAAUCACCACCUCACCCCGACAUCCCAGCGCGCCCUUACCAGGGCUGCCUCUCUCCGCGGUGCUGUAGGGGCUCCAGGUUCACCCAGCACCCCGCCCACACGAUUCUUUACUGAGAAGAAAGUUUCACAUGAAAGUCUGGUGAUCGGAGCCAUAGAGAAUGCCUUCAAAGACAUGGAUGCACAGAUAGAAAAGGAGAAGGCAGGCUACAACAUCUCAGGCGGCUGCACUGCUCUGGUGGUCGUCUGUUUACUUGGGAAGCUCUACGUUGGGAACGCUGGGGACAGCAGAGCUAUCAUUAUCCGGGCCAAGGAAGUCAUCCCUAUGUCAGCAGAGUUCACACCAGAGUCAGAGAGACAGCGACUGCAGUUCCUGGCCUACAUGCAGCCCCACUUAUUAGGGAACGAGUUUACACAUCUGGAAUUCCCGAGGAGAGUGCAGAGGAAGGAGGUUGGGAAGAGGAUGCUGUACCGUGACUUCACCAUGUCGGGAUGGGCGUAUAAAACCAUUGAGGACGAUGACCUAAAGUUUCCCCUGAUCUACGGCGAAGGGAAGAAGGCUCGUGUGUUGGCGACCAUUGGGGUCACAAGAGGUCUUGGGGACCACAAUCUCAAAGUGCACGACUCAAACAUCUACAUUAAGCCCUUCCUGUCCUGCUGCCCAGAGGUCAGAGUUUACCCACUUGCGCAGUACGAGCAUGGAGCUGAUGAUGUCCUGGUGCUGGGUACUGAUGGUCUGUGGGACGUCCUCUCCAACCAGGAAGUGGCUGAAGCAGUCACCUGUUUCCUGGCAAACUGCGACCCAGACGACCAGCACAGGUACACAAUGGCAGCUCAAGACCUCAUAAUGAAAGCACGAGGGGUGCUGAAGGAUCGCGGCUGGAGGAUAUCCAACGACAGAUUAGGCUCCGGAGAUGACAUCUCUGUCUACAUCAUUCCCCUCAUGUACGGCAACAAGCAGAAUUAGCCAAGUCCCACAACUACAACCACCAUCAAAAUAACUUCACCUCUGCAGUUUCCCACAUCCCCUGUGCUCUGUUUUUAAAGUGCUUUAGUGUGGACUUCCUCCUUUGCUGAGGGGUCCAAGACAUUUCUGAUCAGAGAUGGGAUUUCUGUCCAAGCUGUUUCCCCUUGAUCAUCUGAGGAUGAUCUUAUCCUUCGUCCUUCGCCUUUUUCUUUUUGGCUGGUCUGUUUUAUAGAGCCUCGUUGCGGAGUAAUGCCAAGGUUGAGAGCAAGUACUCUCAUGGACGAGAUGGUAAUAUGCAUCUCAGGAUCGCUGUUACUAGCUAAUGCGCAAUAUUUAUAAAUGUGAAAAUGUACAUACUCCCAGGCAGAACACAUUUGAUAAGUGUGUUUGGUUGAACACCUGUAUAGUGUAAAAAACAAAA